AUGGCUACCGCAAUGGGCAAACGCCUCGCCGGCAAGACCAUAGUUAUAACAGGUGCAUCUUCAGGAAUUGGACGAUCCUGCGCCCUCGAAUUCGCACGUACGAGUCCGAAAGAUCUAAGACUCAUUCUCACGGCGAGGAGAGAUGAUAAGUUAAAGGAGAUUGCGGAGGAAAUCAAGAAGGAAGUUGGGGAGGGUGUUAAGGUGUUGCCGUUUAAACUUGAUGUUAGCAGCCCCGAAGAGGUCAGAGGUUUUGUGGGAAACUUGCCAGAGGAAUGGAGGAAUGUGAAUGUUCUUGUCAAUAAUGCUGGUCUUGUAAAAGGUGUUGCGAAAGCCCCCGAGAUCGAGGAGGCGGACGUGAAAGUCAUGUUUGAUACGAAUGUUACUGGACUUAUAAACAUGACGCAAGCCAUUCUCCCUAUUCUCAAGAAACGAGCCGACGGAGGUGCUGGGGAUGUUAUUAAUAUCGGAAGUAUUGCGGGAAGAGAGCCAUAUCCAGGUGGAAGUAUAUAUUGUGCCACGAAAGCAGCGGUUAGAGCUUUCACGGAUGCGCUGAGGAGAGAGUUGAUUGCGACACGAAUUCGGAUUAUUGAGAUUGAUCCUGGACAGGUUGAGACUGAAUUCUCAGUUGUUAGAUUUUAUGGCGAUAAAUCCAAAGCCGAUGCAGUAUAUGCUGGUUGCGAGCCAUUAACACCCGACGAUAUUGCCGAAAUCGUAGUAUUUACUGCCGGCCGAAGAGAAAAUGUCGUGAUUGCUGAUACUCUUGUCUUCCCAAACCAUCAGGCGGGUGCUGGGGGUGCGUUGUAUAAGAAACCUACGUAG